AAGAAAUCGCUUCUAGUUCCUUCUCUGCCCACUGCGCCCUCCCUAGGAGGCUCGGGAUAAGACAGCCUCCGGCACUUUUCUGCGAGUAUAUCGGAAGUAUCUUUGUCAGGUCUGAUGAACGUUUGUGGAAGGAAUACAGGACACAAUCGUGCGGCAGAAUCGCGAAAGGUCCCCCAGAGUUCUCCGCGCAGAGAGUUCCUAGCGGGCCAUGAGCUCUCGCCUGCCCACCUGCUCCGAGCUGCGGGCUGUCGGGGUAGAGGAGCGCGCGCGCAGGUGCAUUCUCCCCAGAUACAUUUCAUAUUGCUCUUCAGUCGACAAGGGAAAUUACGGCUACAGAAAUGGUACAUCACUCUGCCUGACAAAGAGAGGAAGAAGAUCACCCGGGAAAUUGUUCAGAUUAUUCUCUCCCGUGGUCACAGGACAAGCAGUUUUGUUGACUGGAAGGAACUAAAACUUGUUUAUAAAAGGUAUGCUAGUUUAUAUUUUUGCUGUGCAAUAGAAAAUCAGGACAAUGAGCUCUUGACGCUAGAGAUUGUGCAUCGUUACGUGGAGCUGCUGGACAAAUAUUUUGGAAAUGUCUGCGAGCUGGAUAUUAUCUUUAAUUUUGAAAAGGCUUAUUUCAUCCUGGACGAGUUUAUAAUAGGUGGAGAAAUUCAGGAAACAUCCAAGAAAAUUGCUGUCAAAGCCAUUGAAGACUCUGAUAUGUUACAGGAGACAAUGGCAGAAUACAUGAAUAAGCCUACAUUUUAACUGGAAAUCUACUUGAAGACUCCAGCACUACAUGUUAUGAAGCUGUAAAUAAGCAACGCCUCGCAUCCGGUUUUUUGAUGGAGCCUCAGGCACCAUGCCAAAAAUAAUUUAAAGGGAUUCUUUGUUAACUAACAAAGUUAAAGUUGUUUAACAUAUUUAUAAUUACUGUGUGUCUGUAUUAUUAAAAAACAACAAAGAAAAAAAA